AUGAGUUCGAAGCCCUGGCUGUACCCGGCUCCCACCUACCGUACUCUCGAGACCUAUUGGGACACUGACGACGACGCGCCCGGCCCGCGAUGCGGUCACACGCUCACCGCCGUCGCCGCCACCAAGACCCACGGCCCCCGUCUUAUUCUCUUCGGUGGCGCCACUGCCAUUGAAGGCGGCGCCGCCUCCUCCGCCCCCGGCAUCCGGUUAGCGGGUGUGACCAAUUCUGUUCAUUCCUACGAUGUUCUCACCAGAAAGUGGACUAGAAUCAGGCCGGCUGGUGAGCCACCGUCUCCUAGGGCGGCCCACGCGGCAGCUGCAGUUGGCACUAUGGUGGUAUUUCAGGGCGGCAUUGGUCCGGCUGGGCACUCCACGGAUGACCUCUAUGUGCUUGAUAUGGAUAAGUUCAAGUGGCACAGAGUGGUUGUGCAAGGACAAGGACCUGGGCCUCGCUAUGGCCAUGUGAUGGACUUAGUUGGUCAGAGAUAUCUUGUUACUGUCAGCGGGAAUGAUGGAAAAAGAGUUCUUUCUGAUUCCUGGGCUCUGGACACUGCACAGAAACCUUACGCAUGGGCUAAGCUGAGCCCAGAAGGGGAUAGGCCUUCUGCUAGAAUGUAUGCAACAGCCAGUGCCCGCUCAGAUGGCAUGUUUUUGCUUUGUGGCGGAAGAGACGCUUCUGGGGCACCCCUAUCAGAUGCUUAUGGAUUGCUCAUGCAUAGGAAUGGUCAGUGGGAGUGGACUCUUGCACCCGGAGUGUCCCCUUCACCAAGAUAUCAACAUGCUGCGGUUUUUGUUGGUGCAAGAUUACAUGUAACUGGAGGUGCUCUUAGGGGAGGACGUGCUGUAGAAGGUGAAGGAGCUAUUGCAGUUUUGGACACUGCCGCUGGAGUUUGGUUAGAUAGAAGCGGGCUUGUGACCUCCUCACGGACAAGCAAGGGACAGAAUGACUAUGAUCCCCCUUUGGAGCUUAUGCGUCGUUGUCGCCAUGCAGCCGCAUCUCUUGGUGUUCGUAUAUACAUUUAUGGUGGUCUCAAGGGAGAUAUCUUGUUAGAUGAUUUCCUGGUUGCGGAAAAUUCUUCAUUUCAAUCUGAAGUUAAUUCUCCCGUAUCAACUUCUGAGAAAUCCCCAUCUGUACCGAGAGCCUUUCAUGCCAACACUACUUCUUUUGGUGUAUCACCAUCUUCGGAUGGUGAAUCUGAGAUACCCUCAUCUAGUGGCUUGAGCAUGGAUAAAAAUUCCAUGGAGAAACUACGGCAGGCUUCUGCUGCUGAAGCUGAGGCAGCUAGUGCUGUUUGGCAAGCUGUGCAGUCCCAAUCUUCCCCUCCUCCUGAAGAAACAUCUGUUUCAGAUGACAACUCACAAAUUGCAGAAACACUUUCAGAUGGUAGUGACACUGAGGCAGAUGUUCGCCUUCAUCCCAGAGCUGUUGUUGUUGCCAAGGAGGCUGUAGGCAACUUGGGUGGCAUGGUCAGACAGUUGUCUUUGGAUCAAUUUGAAAACGAGAGCAGACGAAUGAUUCCAAUGAAUAACGACUUAUCAUAUCCUAACAAAAAGUUUACCAGGCAGAAGUCCCCACAGGGCCUGCAUAAGAAGAUAAUAUCUACAUUACUGAGGCCAAGGAACUGGAAACCUCCGGCUAAUAGGAAGUUUUUCCUCGAUUCUUACGAAGUGGGAGAACUUUGUUAUGCUGCUGAACAGAUCUUUAUGCAGGAGCAAACAGUUCUUCAGCUGAAAGCUCCUGUUAAAGUUUUUGGCGAUCUUCAUGGACAGUUUGGUGAUUUAAUGCGCUUGUUUGAUGAAUAUGGAUUUCCAUCUGCCGCAGGAGACAUAACGUACAUUGAUUACUUGUUUUUGGGGGAUUAUGUUGAUCGAGGACAGCACAGCUUGGAGACAAUAACUCUACUUCUAGCACUAAAGAUUGAGUAUCCCGAUAAUGUUCACUUAAUACGUGGAAACCAUGAGGCUGCUGAUAUCAAUGCACUCUUUGGUUUUCGUAUUGAAUGCAUUGAGAGAAUGGGAGAGAGUGAUGGAAUAUGGGCAUGGACGCGGUUCAAUCAACUUUUCAACUACCUCCCAUUGGCUGCACUAAUUGAAAAGAAAAUCAUCUGUAUGCAUGGUGGCAUUGGGAGAUCUAUAAAUUCUGUGGAACAAAUAGAGAAGCUUGAAAGACCCAUUACGAUGGAUGCUGGGUCUAUAAUUUUAAUGGAUCUUCUAUGGUCUGAUCCUACAGAAAAUGAUGGUGUAGAGGGUCUCAGACCAAAUGCAAGAGGGCCUGGUCUUGUCACUUUCGGGCCUGAUCGUGUCAUGGACUUUUGUAAGAGGAACAAAUUACAGCUCAUUAUAAGAGCUCAUGAAUGUGUUAUGGAUGGUUUUGAACGGUUUGCCCAGGGACAACUGAUCACUCUAUUUUCGGCCACCAACUAUUGUGGAACGGCAAACAAUGCUGGUGCAAUACUGGUGGUUGGCAGAGGGUUGGUUGUAGUUCCAAAACUAAUUCAUCCUUUGCCACCUCCGAUUCAGUCACCGGAGACAUCUCCUGAACGUGUCAUAGAUGACACAUGGAUGCAGGAGCUAAACAUUCAGAGGCCACCAACUCCUACUCGUGGUCGGCCACAGCCUGAUCUUGAUCGGAACUCACUUGCAUAUAUAUAGCUGACAGAUUUCUCCAUGUACCAACUACCAAGGUAUUUGGAAUGUGAAACAUUUCAAUUCUCUGGAGGCUUGAUCCCAUCCCAAUUUGAGGUGGACUCAUGGCCUGUCUCAAUGUAGCAUGUCCUUUGUAUUUGGAAGUCAAGUUGCAGAAGUCGAAGCCUUGCCUAGUAGUGUACACAGCCUCAAAAUGAUAGAAGUUUAGAUGUAGUGAAUGAAUAAUUUUUCAUUUUUCGUAAUUGAGUUUGUAAUAUAUGUACAACAACAUAGUCUGCGGAAGAGAUGUAGAAAGCUUUUAUGCUACAUAGAGAUAACAUAUAGGGGAAGGAGAUUGGUGGGUUUAGUUUUACAGUUUUAGAGUUUUUACUGUGUUGUAACAUAAGAAAUACCAUAUAUUUAAAUUAUUCUCUUUUGAGAGGCAUGUUUUGG